UUUAACGGCAAGAGUGUAUUACUUGAACUUCCUGUCAUGUACUGUUUGCUCUGUUUUCACUACAUAAAGGCCUGCUCACAUCUGCGUGUGCAAUGAACAUGCGUAUAUAAUUAAAUAAUUCCUUGUGACAUGUUCCUCUCAAUCAAGCUGGACUGCUAAAUUACAGGCAAGAAGAGUGUGAUUUAAAACCAAACCCCAUACUCCAAUUCGUCAGUAUGCAUGACAAAAAUGUAUAUUGCAGUUGGUGAAUCACAACGUCCAUCUUGCGAAGGCUGACAUUUUGCAGAAUCCCUUGUUUGGAUCAGGGCUUUCAAAUGUUGCCUAAUUCUGUGACAUCAUUAGCUGUUAUCUCUGUAUACUCAGCACAGCUCUACAGACACUGAGCUGAUAUGAGCUCUUAUGUAUGUCCUUACUCGCUGUUUUAUGAGGAAAGUGUCCGCUGUACCUCACACAGAGAUGCUCCGGAACCUUCUUUUGUUGCUGCUAUGUCAGCUCUCCACGUACAUGCCGGCGGACGCAGGAAAAGUGUGUGGCCGGCCCCCUUUAAGCGAUGAGAUGGACCCAGCUGGUUUUCAGCGAGUGUAUGAAGUUGGGGCAGAGGUGUUCCUGUCCUGUAAGCCCGGACAUACACCCAGUAAAGGCUCACGAAGAGUCAUCUGCACUGCCAGUGGGAAAUGGACCAACCCCACACUCAAGUGUGAACCCAAGUGGUGUUCUGUGCCUGAACGUCUGCAGCAUGGAGAUGUUGAAGUGACUGACAUCAAAUUCAGGAGCAUUAUUAACUACACAUGCCAUGAUGGGUACGUUCAGCACGGAGCUAACAUGAGUGAGUGUUUGGCAGAUGGUACAUGGAGCGAACCCCCGCCUUUCUGUGAAGCUGUAACCUGUGGUCUGCCAGAGAUACCAAAGCACGGCAAAAUCAUCUAUUCCAAGCCAUUCCAAGGCAACACUACGGUGUUUGGCGACGGCGUGACCUACGAGUGUAUGCCGCCGUUUGCACUCUUAGGCAAUGUGAGAGGCUCCUGCACUGCCAGUGGGAACUGGACUGAAAUGCCAGAAUGCCACCUUGUUACAUGUCCAGUGCCACCCAGACUCGAUAACGGAUUCAUUUCCUUCGCAAUAAUGAAGGAGCACGGCUAUAAAGAAAGAGUAAAAUAUGGCUGCAACAUAGACUACAUCCUCGAUGGACCCACGGAAAUCGAGUGCGAAAAAACGGGAAAAUGGUCCUCCCUACCCGUUUGCAGAGCCCCUUGCAGAAUUGGCAUUACACGAGGCCGGAUAUUUUACGACGGAAGGAAAAUAUGGAUCGAGGACUUGAAACCGAACAAAAUACUGCACGGUGAGCGAUUAGCCGUGUACUGCAAAAACGAGGAAAAGAACUGCGGUUAUCCAGUGCCCAUGCAGUGCGUCGAUGGCACUGCAGCCAUUCCCGAGUGCUUUCAAGAACCAUCCGGUAUUCAAUAUAACCUGUAUUCCAAAAAGCUUCCAUCAGAAAUAAAGAUGUGUACUUAGUCUUUGUUCUAACAACUUUAAAUAUCACCAAAAAUGAAGGAAUGAUCUGUUUAUUACUAAAACGUUAUUUCCCUGCACAGCUUACUGCUCUACUCUGUGUGCACCGAUGCACAUAAUGUGUAUUGAUUUUAAUAUAUUAAAAUCUAUUAUAUUAUUCUGUAAAGUUUGAUUCACACUAUUACCAUUUGUUACUUUAAAAGCAAUAAAAAGAACAAAAAGACGA